AUGGCAGCCUCACUACAAGCAGCAGCUACGCUCAUGCAACCCACCAAGGUGGGUGUGCCUUCUAGGGCCAGCCUUCAACUAAGGUCUUCUCAAAGCGUUUCUAAGGCUUUUGGCUUCGAACCAGCUAGUGCUAGGGUUUCUUGCUCUUUGCAAUCUGACCUUAAAGACUUGGCUCAAAAGUGUGUGGAUGCUAGUAAGAUCGCUGGUUUUGCUCUUGCUACUUCAGCUCUUGUUGUCUCGGGAGCAAGUGCUGAAGGAGUCCCAAAGAGACUGACCUAUGAUGAAAUCCAGAGCAAGACAUACAUGGAAGUGAAAGGAUCUGGAACUGCUAACCAAUGCCCAACCAUUGACGGAGGAGUUGAGUCAUUUGCCUUCAAGCCCGGCAAAUACAAUGCUAAGAAGUUCUGCUUAGAGCCAACUUCAUUCACUGUCAAGGCUGAAGGUGUGAGCAAGAAUGCCCCACCUGAGUUCCAAAACACUAAGCUCAUGACUCGUUUAACCUACACCCUCGACGAGAUCGAGGGACCUUUCGAAGUCUCUCCUGAUGGAACCAUCAAGUUCGAGGAGAAAGAUGGUAUUGACUAUGCUGCUGUGACUGUCCAGCUGCCUGGUGGCGAGCGAGUGCCUUUCCUUUUCUCCAUUAAACAAUUGGUGGCAGCCGGAAAACCAGAGAGCUUCGGUGGAGAAUACCUUGUACCAUCCUACCGAGGCACAUCUUUCUUGGACCCAAAGGGUAGAGGUGGCUCAACCGGUUAUGACAACGCAGUUGCAUUGCCUGCUGGAGGCAGAGGUGAUGAGGAGGAACUAGCCAAGGAAAACAUCAAGAACACCGCAUCAUCAAAAGGUAAAAUCACCCUAAGUGUUUCCAAAAGCAAGCCUGAGACAGGAGAGAUCAUUGGAGUGUUUGAGAGUCUCCAGCCAUCUGAUACUGAUUUGGGAGCAAAGGCUCCAAAAGAUGUCAAGAUCCAGGGGAUCUGGUAUGCUCAGCUUGAUCAAUAG